AUGGGUUCCAAAGUGCAACCCCACGUCCUCGUCGUGGAGCCUGGUAACGACAUUUUGUCGGCAAACGGGGCUGGUGAAGCUGGAUGGGCCAACUGCCCACCAGUGGAUAUGAUUGGCUGCAGAAAGAAUCGCCUUAGCUGCGACAAGGCGACAGAGGCAAGCAAAAACUCCCCUUUACAGGAAGAAACCUCAAGAAGACCAGACUCUGUGGAGAGAACAUCAGCCAUAACCGCCUGGAGUCCAGUACAUCAGCUGACAUGGUACAGGCAGGUUGAAGAGCAGCCGUCUGCUGUCAUCAAGGGACUGUUAUCUAAAAAGCUUCCCAAUGGCACCAUUCAGAGGUACAAUGGCAUAGAGAGACACGUGGAUUUGCUGGGCAACACCGGUGAUCUCUUCCUGCCCAACGUGACGUACAGUGACAGCGGAAUAUACGUUUGUCAUCUGGCAGCACCUGUGGGUGAACAGAAUCAGGAGAGUCAAGUUCAUCUCAUUCUAAGAGGUUGUCCUGAGAAUCCGCCCAACAAAGUAAUGCUAGAUGCUUACGCUGUCAUUUUUGCCACUUUGUUGCUGAUAACAUCACUUGUAAUAUUCGUCUGGAGUUAUCGCUGUCUGAAAAAAGCCAUGAAAGAAAGAAACGAGUCCAGUAAAAAAGAAAUCUUAUUGAAUGUGUCGUCCAUACCACUUGAAAAGAAGGACUUGGAGAUGAUCUACACUUUAGGUCCUAAAUGGUCAAAACCUCACUGGACACACACAUGUUUAUAAAGCCAUGGCUAAUGC